CGGCAGUUGAAAUGUUGCCGCGUUCGGUCCGAUGGCGGUGCGCUUAAAUCAAUCGUUUCGUUUUAUUUAGUUUCGCCUUCCGGUAUAUACGGACGCCAGACGCGGGUCAACCGGUGCGGAAAACCUUCACGAGUUGUAAAACGGCGGUCGACCCCAUAAGAUACGCAUACGGAUACUGACUUGGGUCGAGACCUAUUUCCACAACACUCAUUGUGGACACUUCCUAGUAUGUACGUCCUAAAUUGUGCCACUUAUGCAGGCCAGCCAGCGUCGAAUUCCUACACUGCUUUCCCGAAUUCCUCAGAUAUCCUCGAAAAUCCCGGCAACUCAUCGGGCACAGAUUCCGGCGACUUCUCAUCGAUUGGAGGCGCCAUCUGGUGUAAUUGCCACAAAGCACGUCGGACAAAAAGUGCUCGCCGGCGACCAGGAAGGCCUGCUGCGAUACGUGGGCGCCGUGCACUUCGCGAAAGGGACGUGGUGUGGUAUCGAACUCUUCAACAACGUCGGCAAGAACGAUGGCGUGGUCAAGGGAAUCCGCUAUUUUGCGUGUGGGAGGAGUAGAGGGCUUAUGGUGCCCGUCGCCAAGGUGUCACUGAUCGAAGGCAGCUGCGAAUCGUUGGGCGGCGACCACGCAUCAGGACCAUACUCUAUGCUCUUUCUGAACAGCAAAAUAGCCAGUUCGAUCAAUUUGAGCCGAAACGCAUCAAAAAAGGACAAUUACGAACCGGUUGUCGAACGUACUAAAAAUUUGAACGAGCCCACUGUGCCGCGCAGAAGUUUCAGCGCAGAAAAUCUGACCGAAACCCACCAUUUUAUUGCCAACUCCGUAGCUGAUUUACGUCACCAAACGCAGAUCCGCAUAGAGUACGGACAGCAGAAGCAGCAGAAACCGAAGAAGCGAUCGAACGAGAUCCCGCUACAAUAUGAAGACUCUACGAAUGUCCAAUCGCUCGAAAAAUCAUGCAAAGAUUUGUUAACUGACUCGCCUAAGGAAAUGAAGCAAAGGCGCAGGUCGAAUCCGGAAAAACCGCUUUCGUUGUCGCACCUGAAGCCUUUCGAAAACUUUUCGGUGGAUACUCCACCACAAAAAUUACUGUUCACGGACUGCGAGUGUUCGACUCCUGCGAUAACCGCCUUCAACGAAACUGCAAUUAGGAAAUGGCGGUUUAGUGACAUAACAUCACCCAUUAUGGACAACGACAGCGGGAGCAAAAGGGAUUCGCUUGAUUGUGAUGAUCACUCCUUGGGGAUUCUGUCUUCUUCGCAAAUGGUGGAUUUCGAAAAGACGAAGUACGAGAAAUUAGGCGAAGGUGAACUGAUUAAAUUAAUGUUGGCCAGCCCUAAGGAGCCUUUACGGGUAGACUUUGCCAAACUCAACGACUGUAAGGAAGAGGUCCAGAGUCCCAAUCAGGCCAGCAUCACCGACUUCAGCCUAGGCAUCAUCGAUUUGAACAUGCUGUCCACGUUCACCGCACUUCAGACCGACACCACGAUGAAUCUGGAAUUGCCUCUGGAUUCCGUCGACAUUUCCAUGAAGGAAUUAGCGGCGGCCCGUUGCGAGCAAACUCCCUCCCCCGAAGAAUUACCGUUAGAUACGACACCAAUAGUCGAAUCAGAACCGAAAACGGAACCGACCAAGUCGAAAACGUCAAGUUAUAUCACUAGUAUCACAACCAGUAUCACCAGCCUGGAUAUCGGUUAUCAGGGAGAUGGCGAAAUGUCUCGUCCUGCGAGCAGAGGGGCGGACAAUUCACCUUUGACCAAGAGGCCGUUGCCGCGGCCUCAGCCUCGGAGAGUUGAGCCGAUGACCGAUUCCGAUUUUUACACGGAAAGCGACGCCGACAAUCACGAAGAGAAUCAGCACAAAGGUGACAGCAGAAAAGCUCAAGUGAUCGACGGGACCUUGUAUGGAGUCGAUCCUCAAGCCGCGGCCGAUAUCUACGUCAACAACCGGGAGAACAUGGAUUCCAGUGGGAUAUUUACCGACAUAGAAUCGGGCAACAAGAAUGAGGACGAUUUGGAUGACGCUCCAGGUUUGAUCAUCGGGAAAAGCGACAAUACAGACGUGUCGCCUACAGAAAGUUCCACCAAAUCUAUAUCCGAGAACAGCCAGAACAAUGUCCAGGCGUUACCCAAGCUAUCUGGUAGCGAUACGAAAAAAAUGGAUACGUCAUCGAAGGAAAGCAACCCCAAGAAAAGAAACGCCCCCAGUCCUGGUGUAUCGAGUCCUUCGAGUAUGAGCUCUCCCCGACAUGUCAACAACGUAGAUGGUUCCGCCAAGAAAUACAAAAUUCCUAAACGCGACGUGGUCUCCAAAGUCAAAGUCGCGAUGGAACAGCGUUCUGCGAUUCAGAACCCGGAAAAAAAGGCCAUCAAGAAGUCGGCGGGAAGAUGGGACGCGGUCAUGAACAAGAUUUCGGGAAACGAACAGAAUAAAAUGAAUUUAAAAGAAGUAAAAUCGAAAGUGUUUAACAACAUCAAUUUGGGAACGCCGUCCGGCCAAAAAAGUAACGAGGUCAGGAAACCUGGCGUCAGACCGUCCGGGAGUCCAAACAGUAAAAGCCGCCGUAUUCGAACGCGGACAACACCUCAGAAGACUACUGGGAACAGAGAGAGCAGCAUUCACAGUUCUUUGAGCGAUUUAAGCGCCUCUACAACUCUACCCAAAAAAAUCUUUGGUUCCGCUAAAAAGAGGGAUACGAUCCAAGUGACGCAGGUGCUGACUCCCAACAAGCUAUCGCCCAGGAAUCAUCAGAACCUGAACGAAAACAAGAAAAAUGGCAAUAUCAUACAAGGAACAGCGUCCGCAGUCGAUGUAAAAACGAAGAAACCCAUUUUCUCAGCCAAAGAAAAGAAACCGUCGAACAACGUUAAAGAGUGUGGCAAAUCUACGGUGAAAGGGGGUCGAACAUCCCCGUCGGUCCGAUCCCAGCCAUCGCAAAACAACCGCGCGACCGUCAAACAGCAACCCCCGGUACCCCGUGUCGCCGAAGCCCUAGCAGUUCUAGUCCAACAUCUAGUUUUCAAUGUCGAAGCAUACCAAGUGCCAAACCUUCGGCGCCAAGUCGACAAAUUCCGCCUCGAAGCAGAGGAGGUGAGACUCGCGUGCCAGCAUCUGGAGGAAGCACUUUCCGACGAGAAAUCAAAAAAUGCUGCCACUAUUGAAGAGGAACGCGUCAGGUAUCGGAAGGAUAUCACUGGUUUGAUCGAGAAACAUCGGAACCAAGUAGCCCAAUUGACGUUCCAGCACGCCGAAAUCGAAGCUCAGCUGCGAGAUGAAAAAGGACACGCAAAUUUCCUGUGUCGGAAACACGAGGAAGAAUUGGACGCGGUCAAACUCCAAUUGGAGAAGCUGCAGAAGUUCCACCACGAGUCGAUUGAUAUUUUACGCGAAGAGAACGACUCGAUCAGGAAACAAAUUGACGAGGAACGACUUGAAGUGGAAAAAGUAAAACAUGAGAGCGCGAAAUGGAAACACGACUACGAGAACAAGGAGGUUAAGCUCAAGGGAGAGUUGGAGUCGAUAACGGAAAAGAUUGCAGCUUUGAUGGAGGAAAAUCGUCAGCUGAGGGAUGAAAAUGAACAACUGUUAAAUUCAAGUGGUUGUAAGGGAAUUAAAAUGGAGGAAAUGCAGUCUCUCAGGGUAGUGGUGGAACUGAAACGGGAGGAGGUGUCCAACCUGCGGAAAACCUUGGGCGAGGUGACGCACAAGCUGGAAUCGCUCAUGGGCGCCGAGAAACGAGCGAAUGCGCUCCAAGCCCGCUGCGAGGAUCUCCAGCAUCAGCUACAACGCAAGACCGAGUACGCGCAGGUGUUGCUCGAGAAGCAGGACAAACUGGAGGAAUCAUUCAAAGAGGAGGCAAACCAGAAGUGGCGAAUGAUCCGCUACAACGAGGAGCUUCAGUAUAAACUGAAGCAGAACACCGAAGUGAUGAACAUCGUGAUGGAGCAAACGGGCGAGUACAACCGAUCCAACAGCUACAAUUCAAGUUUCAGCGAGAAACACAGCGCCACCAAGUCGCAGUUCGAACGUACCCUAUCGUUCAGGGACAGGACGUUGCCUUACAAGUCGAAGAACUCGAUCGAUCUGGACACCGACGACGUUUCGGAACCGACCUCGCCGACCGUCAAGGCGAUCGUCGAGAAAUCAGACUCGGUCAGUUACGUACUGGACCUGGACGAGCGGCCGAAUGUGGUGGCGUCGAGAAUUAUUAGGCGCAGUUUCCGUAACGCCACGCCCCCGAAAAAUACUCCCACCAAAUCGCCGUCGAACAAGCGUGCCCGUAUUCGGAACCCUCUGAGCUUGAGCGCUUCGUCGGGAGCGAUCGUCACCCCCAGCAGGGAAGAAAAUGGCAGACCCAGGUCCGCCUCCGCGAGGGAAGUCGAUUUCGGGUCGAAUUUCGCCCAAAGCACACCAAAGGAUAGCGUUUCGAACCAUUCCCACGCUAAUCUUCACGAAUUUGUGGACAUGGACGAAGACAACGAGGUGGAUCUUGAAUUGCCCGCGCUGCCCAGCGAAUUAGACAAGAAGAACGGUGCGUUGGCGUUGCCCAGUCCCGAGCAUUUGGCCGGUGAGGGAGGCACUUCCGAUAGCAACUCGGAGGACGAGAGCACCAGCUCGUCGCAAUUGUGAGCGGAGGAGUACUUUUAGGAUCCCGAGCGAAAGGCGGUGUCCGUUUUGAUAAUAAUGCGACGCGGCGGUCUUGUCAAGUCUUUUCACCGCGCCGAUUUCUAUUUUUUUUUGUAUUUUUAUGGGUUGUGUUGGACGAAAAUAUUCCCCGGUUUCAGUAUUAUAAGCGAUGCGAGUUUGUAUGUCUAUCUAUCCGUUCGAUAUUUUUUUUAUGUAUAUGAUGAGUCGUUUUUAUCUCUGUUGAUCAUCACUCUCUUUGUAUUUAAAUUAUUGUUAGGGAAAAAUUUUUGAAGUUUGCAUGGUUAUUACGUAUUUAUUGUAAAAAAGAGGUUCAUUCAAAUAAACGUUACUAAGUA